AAAAUACAUAAAAUAACUAUAGGCCUAAGAAAUCAUGUGUAUUUAUCUCAUUAUUAUUAUUAUUAUUAUUAUUAAUUAGUAGCAGUAGGCUAGUUGUUUUAUUAGCAUUUGGUUACUAUGCGGUUACUAUGGGAUAGCGUGAGGUCACCACAGUUGCCAGAGUUCCUUGCGCGUUCAUUAUAAUCGGAUCACACGCGGUUACGCUGUUUACGGUUGUCCACUAAACUUAACACGCACGACUUUGAUACUUUCUCUUAUGUGAAGCUGAUCCUUUUGAAUGAAAAUAUCUGUUUUUUUUUUCCUUCCUGGCUGAAACCGGUGCAUUCAAGAUAAAGUUUCAUCAAUGGAAUAAGGAAAUUUGCAGAUCUGUGAGAAACAGGUGAGAGGUUGAUUGCCUCAAUGUUAAUCUUAACACUGUAAAUAUGCCGGACACGAGACUUAUAAAGCCGAAACCUGUUGCAACGAAACCUAAGCAUCAGAACAAGAAAACAAGUACAGCCGAAACAACACCUGCAGUCAGAACCAGAGAUGUCGGUGUCGGUUACCGCAAAAACAGGGCAUCAAGCUGCCCAAGAUGCACUCAUGACACCGAAUACAAACCCAAAGCAACGGAGAGAAGCACUAAAGCAAUAAAGGCGAAACAGUCCGAGACUUUACCGAGGUCAAAACCUGCAAAAUGUGUGCCGAAGGAACAACCAAUGCCAAAAUCACAUUCGCAUGCUCUUUAUGAAAUCCACAGUCAAAAGGCAUUUACAGUAUUUGCACCAAACCCAAAGAAAAGACAAGACAUUCAGCAAAAAGCAGAAGCAGAACUGGCAGCUCUGGAGGAUCUGCGCUUGAGUCGGGCCAUGGGUUACAUUUCCAUAUCUCCUAGUACUGUGGGUGGAUGCUUAACUCUGGAAGAGGUCAGGGCAAAACAACAGCAAGAAAUGCAAAUCAAGAGAAGACAAAAGCAGGUUAAAAAUGUAUUUUAGAAACUUCUUCAGUUGUUCAAGAAUAAAGGUUAGAAUACUGCCGACAACGGAUGAACAUUAUUUAGUUUGCUUUUUAAUUAUAAAAGUGCAGCUAAUCUCCAUGGGCUUCAUGUGACCUUAUGUUCUAAAUGUGUAUUAUUCACAAAGUCUUUGUAAAAUAUACCUGAAUGACUUUCAGAUUUAUGGUGUUGUUUUGAAGCCAGUGUUGAUUAUACAGUCAAACCAAAAUUUAUUCAGACACCUUGAACAUUUCAUUCAUUAAUACAGUUUAUUCACUAUAGUUUAAAAAAAAUGGCAAUAACAUGUGACAAGAUCUCAGAGUUAAACUGUGUCAGAAAAAAAUUAUCUUAAUUAUGUCAGAUAACAAUUAAGCAAAACACGGUCAGGUCAAAGUGUCUGAAUAAUUUUUGGUUCCAAAUUUCACUGGUAGUCCACUGUAUGAAUAAUUUUUGGGUAUAAUAUGUCACAGUUUACUUUAUUUUGCUAUCCUCACUUACAUAAAUGAACUAUAGUGUCCUGCACCCACUAGUAAAAAUGAUCAAAAAUAUCAAAAAUGUCUGAAUCAUUUUUGGUUUGACUAUAGAUUUGAUUUAUAUGCAUUUACUCCCUAAAAGACCAUAUACUGACUAUGUAUAUUAAAAUUACAGAAUAUAAUGACUGUGUUUGUUAUGCAUGCAGACUACUAAAGUGUAAAAUUAUUUUUUAUAUCCUUUAAUGUCUUAAGUGAAAAAAACACAUUGAGUUAUUAUAAUUGCGAGGCACGGUAUAGUAAUUCAGCUUAAUUUGGUCUAUUAUUUCAUGCAAGCGGUCCUCCUGGUGAUCUGUUUUUCCUCUGUUCCUUAGCAACAAGGAUUUUUCUCUCUUUGUUUUGUCCUCUGUGUAUAUUCUGGGAGCCGUCUGCUUUGAAGGUUCCAAAAAUACGAACCAUGCAGGGUCCUGUUGCCUGGCAAGUGGAGAGUGAUAACAUAAUGAAAGGUAGACGAUAGGUGAGGGCAAAUAAAUUAAUAAAAUAAAUUAUUAAAUUCCCCGGUAAAUCAAUCUAGCCGAUUGAGUCUCUGUCCCUUCACCAGUCAGUUGCAGCAGAAUACAGUUUUUCCACAUAUACUCUAAGGAUACAGUAUGCCAGUAUUGUUUAGUUAUGUUUUUUUUUUUUUUUUUUUUGGACACAUUUAAUAACUUGUGUUUGCACUGCACAUAAUUCAGAAACCAUGAUUGUACUGCUUUACGGUUUGGAAAGAUAUUAAAAAUGUUUCUCAUGGAUCUCUUUCUGGAUAGAUUGAAUUACACUUGUUUUGCCUCCAGGUUUGCCACUUUACCUAUUGCUUUUCAACCCUUUGCGACUUUCCAAUUCACUCUCAAAAUAGCAGAGAAACUGUUGUUGUUUAUUCCAGUGCUUGGAAACACUCUUAAAAGGUUUCUCUGAGAGACUGGAAGUAAUGAAAAGUAAAAGCCAAAGGUCCCAAAAGGACAUUAAAUUAGUCUCAGACUAAGGAAAAAACACAAACUAGCUUUCCUGGAAAACAUGCACAGCGGCCAACUAGUGUUACAGACGUUUUCGUAAUGGUGACCCUUAAAUGAUUUACUUAAGGGUCAUAAUUUUAUGAUGCUUAUACAUUCUUUCUUUCUAACACAUGGUUGUACAAAAGUCUAACCACAAGGGUGUUUCCUCUGAAUUGAGUAAUCCAGGCAUAGGUCAGGGUGUGAACUUACAACAUGUUAGCAGCUAAACUAUAGAAAUGCAAACUUUGACGCAAAUGAAAGUCAAAUUAGAGCCAUUUGCCUUAUGCUAAUGUCCACAUGGAAAAGGACACAAAGAAGAAAGAGAAUGCAAAUGGAUGUCUGGAGGAAUCAUUACACAAAAUGUAAACAGAAUGUAAAGAAAUACUCAUGCUCAAAUACAGUAUAUUGAGUGAUUAGGGACCUGUGUGGCCACUCCAUUCACAAAACCAUCUUGUCAAAUAUGUUUACAUUUAAGAAAAAAAAAAAAAAAAAGAUUUGGUAUCAA